AUGGGUUCUCCACGCGAUGUUGAAGCUGAUGACGCGCCAAGCGCCAACCCUGGCGACUCAGCACUUCUAGCGAAAAUGGGAUACAAACAGGAACUGCGACGACAGUAUUCCACGCCGCAGGUUUUUGCGAUCGCGUUUAGUAUUAUGGGGCUUGUUCCAUCUAUCGCGUCGACGAUUGCGUUCUCCCUACCUGCGGGGCCGGUGGGGAUGGUUUGGGGAUGGUUUACAGCGAGCGUUUUUAUUUUUCUAGUUGGGCUUGCAAUGUCUGACCUCGCGUCUGCGAUGCCUACGGCUGGAGGUUUAUAUUGGUGGACUCAUUAUUUCGCCAGUCCGAAAUUCAAAAGCCCUCUCAGUUUUCUGAUUGGGUAUACCAACACGCUUGGAUUGAUUGGUGGAAUCUGCUCUGUGGAUUAUACUCUCGCUCUUAUGAUCGCGUCCUGCGUCAGCAUUGCGCGGGACGGUGCAUGGUCUGCUUCACGCGGCGAACUUUACGGUAUUUAUGUCGCGUUGAUCAUCAUUCAUGGAUUGUCUGGUGCUCUGAUGGGUCGAGUUAUGCCAAGGAUCCAGACAUUUUGUAUAUACAUCAACAUUGCAAUCGUGGUCGCUACCGUGAUCGCCUUACCCGUUGGAAAGGUCAGGAGAGGCGAGUCCUUGAACUCGGGCAACUACGUGUUCCGGCAUGUCGAUAAUGAAACGACAUGGCCAACCGGCUGGACGUUUAUGCUUUCCUGGUUAUCUCCGAUUUGGUCGAUUGCCUCAUUCGACUCGUGUGUGCAUAUGAGUGAGGAAGCGAUGCAUGCCGCCAAGGCUGUACCAUUGGGAAUCAUGUUCUCUGCUGGAUCGGCCUCUGUGCUCGGGUUUCUGGUGUUGGCUGUUAUGGCUGCUACUAUGAAUCCCGAUGUGUCCCAGACAAUCAAUAGUCAGUUUGGUCAGCCUAUGGCACAGAUCUACUACGACGCCGUCGGAAAACAUGGGGCUUUGGGCUUCAUGAUCGUCCUAUGUAUAAUCCAAUACCUGAUCGGUCUCAGCCUAAUCGUUGCCGCAUCUCGUCAGGCAUGGGCAUUUUCCCGUGACGGCGCACUCCCAUUCUCUACUUUCUUCCGCCACGUCAGCAAACGCAUUCAGUACCAACCCGUUCGUAUGAUCUGUGGUCUGGUGGUAGCAUGUCUCAUCCUAGGCCUAUUGUGCCUUAUCAAUAACGCCGCUGCAAACGCUCUCUUCUCCCUAUUCAUUGCCAGCAAUUAUUUGUCCUGGCUUACGCCUAUCCUCUGUCGCCUUGUUUGGGGACAGGACCUUUUCCGUCCCGGUGAAUUUUACACGGGGAGAUUAAGCACGCCGAUCGCGUGGAUUGCGGUUGUUUAUCUUGUUUUCGGGGUUGUGUUGUCUAUGUUUCCUAAUGGGGGACCUGAUCCAGCUCCAUCCGAUAUGAAUUAUACUAUUGUUAUUAAUGGGUUUGUUUGGAUUGGUUGCAUGGUUUAUUACUUCCUUUUUGCCCGGCAUUGGUACACGGGGCCGAAGAUGACGGUUGACGAGGGUCAAUCUACGGACUCGGACAUCACGACAUCUGCGCCUGUGGAUUUCCAGCGGACUUCGAAUGGGCAGAAAGAGGAGUGA